CCAUUUUCUCUUCCCCUCUCCACUACAUACUACAGUCACUUCUUUGGCUAUACAAAACCAAAGUGUUCAAAAUCUCUCUCAGGCAAUAAAUCAAACACCUUCAUUUCAAUCGCUCCGAACUGACCAAAAAACGUUUCGACAUUAUUAAACCUCCAUGGCUAGACCUCAACAGCGGUAUAGAGGCGUUCGUCAAAGACAUUGGGGCUCUUGGGUCUCCGAAAUUCGUCACCCUUUACUGAAAACGAGAAUUUGGCUAGGGACGUUCGAAACGGCAGAGGACGCAGCAAGAGCAUAUGACCAAGCGGCUAGGAUCAUGUGUGGCGCAAAAGCACGUACAAAUUUUCCUUACAAUCCCAAUGAGCCACUUUCUUCAAACUCAGCCAAUAAGCUUCUUUCAGAUACUUUAAGAGCCAAGCUUCAAAAGUGCAACGUGGCAUCUCUUCAAAUGACCAAACAACCCCUAAUUUUCAAAGACACCCACGUGGCACAAUCCACAUCCAUCACCACCAACUCUGCUUCAGUCACCACCGGAGCCUCCCUCGGCAUUGCCGGAACCAGCGGCGGCGCGUGGCCCGAGGAGAACAGCUGGGUAGGAACAGCUGGUCAAAUGGGCUCUACUAGUAAUAGUCAAGUACAAUUUAUUCAACCACUUGAAGAUGACCACAUUGAGCAAAUGAUAGAAGAAUUGCUUGAUUAUGGCUACAUGGAACUCUGUCCUGAUAUUAAUUAAGAGUAAAAGUAAAAUUACUGUCCUUAAUUAUUAUUAUUAUUAUUAUUAUGAACAAUAUUAUUUAGCUAUUUUGUUUGGUUUAUAUAUAUAUCAUCAAGCUUGAACUUGCGUGACCUGUUUGUUUUUGGUCCAAUAUUCAUAAAUGGCUGAUGAUAUAUUUUCUCAAUAUAUAUAGCUUUUUAUUAAUUAGUAUAUAAUUUAGUAGUAGAAUUACUUGUUUUUAUUCAAAGCUCAUAACUUUGAUUCAAAUAAAUGUGAGAGUCAGUA